AUGAACACGGAAUUAUCAAAUGAGAAAUUUCAAGAUAUUGUCUUAUCUGGAUUAUAUGAAAAACGUUUAUUAAAAUAUUUAUUCGAUUCCAGUCGACCAGAUGCACAUAAUCCAAUUGAACGUCCAUCAGCAAAUGAUACAGAGACAUUGAAUGUUAGUGUGAAAUUUUUCUUAAAUCAAGUUAUGGAUGUGGAUGAAAAAAAUCAAGUGUUGACAACAAUUAUAUGGAUGGAUUUAAUAUGGAAUGAUUAUCAUUUCUUGUGGAAUCCUAAAGAGUUUGGUAAUAUAACUACUUUAAACUUACCAUAUACUGCUGUAUGGAGACCAGAUAUCCUGUUGUAUAAUUGUGCGGAUGAGAAAUUCGAUCGUACAUUUCCAACAAAUACAAUCAUAAAACAUGAUGGUACUGUUCAAUGGAUGCCACCGGGAUUGUUUAAAUCUACAUGUAAUAUAGACAUCUUAUGGUUUCCAUUCGAUGAACAGAGUUGUAUAUUAAAAUUUGGAAGUUGGACAUAUUAUGGUGAUCAAAUUAAUUUUCAAUUACAAUGUAUCAACGCAUCACAACCUGAUUGUACACAAGUUGGAACGGUUGAUUUAUCUGAAUAUUCACGUAAUGGAGAAUUUCAUCUUAGUGGUUCUUCAGUUCGACGUUAUGCACAACGAUAUGAAUGUUGUGAUUAUGAUUUUGUUGAUGUAAAAAUUGCAAUUACACUACAACGACGUGCACUUUAUUAUGUAUUUAAUCUUAUUGUGCCUUGUUUAUUAAUAUCUGGUAUGGCAUUAAUGGUAUUUAUGUUACCACCAGAUGCAGGUGAAAAAAUAUCAUUAGGUGUAACAAUUCUUUUAUCAUUAACAAUGUUCUUACAACUUGUUGCAGAUAAACUUCCACAAACAUCUGAAGCUAUACCAUUAAUUGGUAUCUACUUUUCAUGUACAAUGUUUAUGUGUUCAUUAUCUAUUGUAUUUACUGUACUGGUGUUAAAUUAUCAUCAUAGAUCAGCUGAUUGUAUUGCUGUUCCAGCUUGGAUUAGGAAUAUUGUCAAUACAUAUCUAGCUAAAUUAAUGUGUAUGGAACCUCCGAAACGUUCACAAAUUAUUGAAGUUGAAGAUAUUUCAUCAUCUAUUAGUGAUAAUUUCAUGGAGAAUUAUCCCAAUACAAAAAAGUCACAAAAUGAAACACUUAUCAAAGGAGGAGCGAGAGGAGAACAACAACAACAAGAAGGAGGAGGAGAAGAAGAAGAAGAUGAUGAAGAAGGACAUAUAGGAGCUAAAACAUUUGUUGGUUGGAAUUAUGAUACUACUAACAUGAUGAAUAGUAAUAUUAAUCCAGUCUAUAUGAAAAACAUUUAUUCACUAAUUCCCCUAUAUAAUACAGUCAAUGAACGUACACCGAAAAAUGCCAUAGCAAAUGUUAUUGAUUUAGAUGAUGAUUUCCGUGCAACAGCACGUUUUGGCAAUACUACUACUACUACUACUAAUACUACUCAUACUACUACUACUACUCAUACUAAUAAUAGUAAUAUCUUCAUAAAUAUGCAUGAAAAACAAACAAUAUUGAAUAAUAAUACUAAAUUAAAGAUGAAUACUGAUUUGUUAUCAUCAGUAACAGUAACAAAUCAAUCAUUAACAGUGCAAUCUCCUUAUCGACUAUACAAUUCUGUAGGUAAUUUUAAUUCAAAAUCAGUACCACUAACACCAAUAUCAACAUUAGAACAUGUCCAAAAUGUAUUUCCAGAUGAAUUCAGUGAUCUAUCAAAGAAUGGUGUAUCAUUCGAUCGACAAAUUGAACCAGAUCCAUUAUCAAUCUCAAUUGAUUUAUUAAAUUUAUAUAAACCAGAUUUAGAAAUUAUCAUUAAUGAAUUACAUUUUAUUACAAAAAUUACGUGAUAAUGAAAAAGAAUCAUUAAUUAGUUUAGAAUGGAAAUUUGCAGCUCGUGUUAUUGAUCGAUUUUGUUUAGUGAUAUUUAGUGUAUGUAAUAUUGUUGUCACAUUUGCUAUAUUAUGCUCAGCACCAAAUUUAAUUGCUUCUUUUAUGCCAUAAUUACUUGAAUUGAUUUUUUUUGUUGCUUGUUUUAUUGUUGUUGUUUUCUUGUGGGGGUUGAGGGUUGGGGGUGGAGGGUGGAGGUGAGAUAGGAUGAUCAAAUUGUUCCUGUUACCAAGUAUUGAUAUGAAUAGUUUGUUUAAAAUUCUUUCUUUUGUUUUUCUUUUUUUUUCUUCUUUUCUAUUUUGUAUUCAAACACCAAAAUAGCCUUAAUUGAAUGUUGAAAAUAAACAAAUACAAUUAGUUGAUAAAUGUUCUUCAAUGAACAUUAUCCGGUUAUGAUAUAUACAGAACAAUACACUUUAAAUCUGUAAUCUUAAUACAUAUGUUGAGAAGAAAAAAAGAGAGAAAGAUUGGAUCAUGAAUUGAUCAAUAUUGGAUCGUGAUUGAUAACUUAGAAACAAUAUUGGAUCGAUUUAUGAUCUGUAAACAGAAACUAUCAAUCAUCAUUUCAUUGAAUCAUUUUAUAGUAUUGAUUAUUGAUUAUUUCUUCUUCUUCUUCUUCUUCUUCUUCUUCUUCUUCUUCUUCUUCUUUAGAUAAAUGUCUUAUUGAAAUAGACAGAUUUAGUGAUAUAAAAUAAAAGUAUAAUAUAGAAUAGGGAGAUUUUCUACUUUUCAAUCUUCAUUAUUUCUCAUUUCAUAAUGAUGUAAUUGAUCAUGAUGAACUAUUCAGUUGCUAUGGAUACAAUGAAAGCGUUUAGAAUUUCUAGUAAUUGUUUUUCUUUAUAUGAUCUGUCUUUUUGUUUAAUGUAUGUAGAUAUUGUAAACUUCAAUUACAUAUUCAGUGAUUAAUAUGUGAAUUAGUGUAUCUACUGUUGUUCCCCUCCCUCUCUCUCUCUCUCUCUCUCGUAUACACACACACACAGUUUUUAUCUUUGUGUUUUUUAACGAGUUUGAAAUGUUCCUUCCAAUGGUGUACUUAUUUAGAAUUGAGUUUUUUUUAGAAAUUAUAAUAAAAAGGAAUAAUUUCAUG